CUCACUGCACGAAACUCCCCUGCAAAGUGCACUCGGCUCUCGCUGCUCCGCUCGCUCCUCGCCGCAAGCAACAGGCAGCACCCCCAGCACGUGUAAAUUAAGAUGGAGAUGAGAAACAGGAGGCUGCGCUUCAAGGCUUUUUGAGUGCGAUGCUGGCUUUGGCCGUGCCGCUCACGGUCAUCAGCGUCCUCGGACUCCUGCUCAAUGGAUACAUUCUGCUCGUCGUCGUGCUCACCAAACAGGUGCAGUCGGCCAACAACUUGCUGCUGCUGCACUUGGGGGUGGUCGACUCGGUGCUGUGCAUCGUGUUCCUGCUGUUCUCGGCGCCGGUGCUGCUGCGGGGGCCCGCGCCACCCACGCAAGGGGCCGCCGCCGGCCCCCUGUGCGCCCUGCACGGGUUCCUCUUCACGCUGCUGCACCCGGUGGCCCUGUGGACCGUGUGCGGCCUCAACUGCGACCGAUACUAUGCCAUUUCGGCGCCGCUGCACUACACAAGUCUCGUCAACACCAAGAAGGUCGCCGCGUUUUUGGCCACCUCUUGGCUGCUCGCCAUCGCGAUGGCCAUUCCACCCUUGUUCAUCAUAGGACCUGGAUACAGGUACACAGAGCACGCCGGGUGCACCCUUCAUUUCACAGCACCUUUAGCACCAGCCCCGACGGCGGCGAUUUGGUACUCGGGGAUUUACACAUUUUUUACUCUCCUGCUGCCAGCCGCACUCAUUCUUGGAUGCAACUUGAAGGUGUUGAUGAUUGCCAGAUACCACAGGCACCGCAUCGCGUCGGCCAUCUUUGAAGUGACCCUGUCGGCGCAGGUCACGAUCACGCACCAGCGCAACCCUUUCUACCUGCAGAGCCAGUUCAAAGGGCGGCGCGCCAUCGUCACCAUUCUGCAGCUGCUGGGUUCGAUUCUCGUCCUGUACUUCCCGUACCACGGCGUCACCGUGUGGGAAGCGGCUGCCUCCACCCUUUCCACCUCCAACCUGACCGAGGCGAUGGCCGCGGACGUCGACUGGCAGCCGCAACAGUCGCCAGGCCACGUCGACCCGCUCGUCGUCUACCUGGCGAUGGCGCUCAUCACAUGCUCACCACCCAUCAACGGCUUUAUUUACGGCGUCAAAAGCAAAGUGCUGCGAAAAACGUUCGCCAACUUUUUGCGAAAGCAGCUGACAAAGAGCGAGGUGAACCACGAAAUCCAGGCGCGCACGCCGUCCGCGUGCGGCUCGCGGCGCCCUUCGCUGACACCCCUGGGACAAUUUCUGGGCCGGCCGCCCCACCAACGCCGCCUCUCUGAAGUCCUACUUGAACCGUCGGGGGCGAGGUUUGCCCUUUCGCCGCACCGGCCGCGGCUCCUCAAAAGAAUGGCCACCGAGUUGUCGUGGCGGCCGACCCUGUUGGCCGCGGCCACGUCCAUCGACCUCGACGCCAAAAUGAGAAGGUCGCGAUCCGCCAGGGACUGCAUUGCAGAGAUGAGACAUGGACUGAGUUGCAACACGCUGCAGGUGCCUGGUGGCGAUCAGACGCAAACGUUCCAACCAGUGCCGCUUCCCGCGCGGCAGUCGCCGCCGAAACUGCGGCAGAGCACGAGUGCCGCCAGUUUGCUGAUCCAGAAAGUCCUUCUGGCUCCGAAAGGGAUGCGCCCCUCGGAGACCUGCCGCCCCCGCACGCCUCCGCCGCAACGGUGCUCGCCCCAAAUCCUGAUCACCAAAGCCCUUUCGCAGGACCAGCCGGACAGUCCCUCCAGACAAAAGGAGGAACAUGAGCAAGACGACUCGUCAACUGCCGCCCUGAUCCAAGCCGGCGGCAGCAGCAACCCUGAAUCUCUGUGCGGAUCGAGUCCUUCGUCAAGGGAUGAAAGCCUAAAUCUGGACCUGGAGGCGGGCGGCAACUCGAGCCUGAGCCGGGUGUCCCAUCGGGUGUGCUACUCGCUGGACGACGUGAGCAGCGGCCAGCAACUGGCGGCCGCCUCUCCCACGGCCUCCCCGACCUCUUCGAGUCAGCAGCCGCUCAGUUUGCCGUCAGUUCCCGUCACGCAAAACGGAAACUUGUCGUGGUUCCGGAAUCUGAUUUUCUCGCGCCACAUCAAGGGCGCCUCGUCCUCGUCGAGCCGCAACCUCAUGUCCUGGCCUAUCAGGACGGACCUGUCCAAACGCAGCGUGACCAAAAGUACCAAAAGUUGUUGUGAUGUCAAUAGCCACGAGAAUAUUAUUUAAAAGUCUAGUUUUUCUGUUAUUUUAAUGAAAUCUGCAUUUUUUAACUAUUUUAAUUUAUAUCUGUAAUUAUUAAAUUUUUAUAAUUGACAGUUUUUUGUUAAACAUGUUGAUUAUUUUUACCAUAUUUUAAUUGAAACGCAAAAAUAAUUUUUAUAAAAUUUUAAAUCCAUCGGCCUGGCUGCUGAUGUGGAUAAAAAAUAUUGCAAACAUAGAAAAUCUCUGAUGUGUAAAACAUAUUCUCGACGUUGCAUAUAAUAUUUAAUGAAAAAAAACGACUGUGUUCCUCUCUUUAAAGCUAUAACCACGGUAGCUGUGUGUGUCAGGGUGUGCAUAAUUACUUUGCUAUUCCACCGACGUACACUGUGUAUAUUUAUCAAAGGGACAAACGUAGUGUACUUUGUGUGUUGUGAUGAGAAUUAUUAUUAUCGUUUGCAGCACCGAGCGCACACACAUCUGUAUAUUCCCUGUCCGACUGAAAUGUGAGCAAAUAAUUGCCAUCCCUGUUUCGCCCUGAUGUAUUCUCACAAAUCGCGCUCUCUCUCUCUCUCGAUGUACAAAAAAAAAAAAAGCAAAAUCCUACUCUCGUAGUGUGCUAAAAUAGGUGUCGUGGUGUUUAGAGCCGAUAACACAAAAUAGUCAGCUGUAGUGAAUAAUUAAAAAUGGAAAAAAUGUUCUCUGCACGUCGACAUAUGUUCAACAAUAACAGGGUAUAUUUCAGAUAAAAGAGAACGAGUAAUAAUGGGCUUAAUUUUUUUUAAUAAAUGUGCUAAACUUAAAUAAAUUUAAUAACCGCUCACAAAAGUAAUACUGGGAAGCUAGUCAGUUUUUUUUUUUAAUUAUUUUAAAAUUUAUUUUGCAAUCCUUUUUUAAGAUAUAGUCCGCUCAUAACUCCCACAUCAUCUUCAUUUUUAUUUGCCAAUGAAACUCCUUAAAAUGAUGAGUUCCAUUGUCAUUUUUGUCAUUUGACCUUGUUUUGCUUAUUUAAAUGAAAAAUCAAAGUAGGAAGAAGAUAUUUUGUUUGUUGAGCACGUUGCAAAAAAGCUGGAAUAAUCGUUUUGACUCAUUGUUAGUUUUUGGCGUUCAUUGGUUUUUUUUUUUAAUUAGAAGAAAAUAUUUAAAAGGAAAAAAAGCAUCUGGGUUGCUUUGAAACCAAUUUUAAGAGUAAAAUCAAUGAAAAGCAUUAAAUUUUAACUUAAUUUUGUUUAUUUCUUUCUAAAAUUUUGUAUUCUAGCUUCAAAUUAUAUUUUCAUAGAGCAUUUGCUAUUCCCUCAAAAUAAAUAUAUAGAAAACCUUUAAACCUCUCAAUAAUAAAAAUUAAUUAAAAUUUUCUCAUCUCGCUGUUAAAAACACAUACUCAGCAUUGAUUUAUAAACAUAUCUAAUCAAAUCAUUUAUUUAUUUUUAAUAUAUAUCAUAAAUAUAUUAUUGCAAAAUAUAAUACAUGUAUAUUUUUGUGUGGACAAUCUUUACAAUAGCAGGCGUUGACUCGCAUUUGUUUCCUUUGACAAAUGAACAAAUAGCAGUCUGAUAAUAGAAAAUCCCCGAUCUUUCUCUUGUCGCUACUUAGAUGAAGUAAAUUGUAUAUUAGUGCUGUGAUCAUUAUUAAUUUUUUGUGCGUGUUUUGGUAGACGAUUGUAAUGUUUUUUUGGUCGCCUUUCUCAUUUGUGCGUAUAAAAGUUUUGUAAAAAAAAUUAUUUAUUUUUAACUUUUUAAAAAGGGGAAUACAAAGCGCAAAACGGUUGUUGUAAACAGCCUUAAAGUGAGAUUUUAAUGAGGGUAUAGAGAGAAAUUAAAUUUUCACAUAAAUCAAUUCACUGUAGAUCAGUUUGUUGUUGGUACAAAAUUUUUGCUUAUAUAAAUAUGAUAAAAAAAAAAUAACAUAGUGUCAUUCAUAAUGCAUAAUUAUUGCUUUUAACGAUACCUAUUGGGCACAAUAAUUUUUAACUUCUAUCUUUAAAUUUAUACUUUUUUUCUACAGCUUCAUCCACAACUCUUCUUGCAAUUAAUUAAUUUGAACAAAAGAAUCAAACUCAUUCCACAAAUGUUUCUACUCUUUCCUUGGUUGAUCUCGUGUAAUUUUUAUUAAAAAACAAACAGAAAGUUAAGGUAAAAUAGCAUUGUUUAAUAAAGUGUGAUGUGCUUUAUUUGGACAGAAUUGUUACGAGAUCUUAGAUGUGUAUAAAAAAGAGUUAAAUAUGAAUGUCUUCGAUGUUCAAAUUUGUGGAAAAAACCAACCCGCAGCCAAAAUUUUUUUGAUUAAUUUUAAACUGUAGCCGUGUGUAAUAGUGAGCACAAUAGAGACUGCAACAAGAAUUAUUUUCAAGAGACAAAAAUUAUUUACCUCGAGCGGAUCAAAAGUAUAAGCAGCAGAAUAUUGUGCUUGACUUUUUAAUCGACGUGGUGCUUCAAUAGAUAAUGGUGAAAGAGUGCAAAUUUGCGGGUAAAAAUGUGCGCGGAUAUAUCGCUGUUGAUUAGUGGAUACAAAAAUUAAUGCUGUUUUGGUGAAACACCUCGAAAAAUAUCACAGACGUUCAGCGAAUUCAGUGUUUUAGUUGCUCCGAAAAAAGAAGAAAAUUUAUCUGUAUGUAAAAAAAAUGAGAAGAAUAAAUGUGGAAAGAAUAUCGUCACUGUCUUUCAAGUCUCAAAAGACAAGUGUCUUGAUUACAAGUCGACCUAAAUCCUGAAUUCUGCGUUGUUAUUUUUCUUAUAAAUUAUUUACUCACAUUUAGCCUAAGUCAGAUUUAUUUUUAUGAUUUUGUGGA